CAGGAGUAAAUGACAGUUCCAGGCUGGAGGGAGGCAGAAGGAGAGAAAGAGAUGCAACAAUGGCUGCCAGUGGAUUACACACACCGUCAGGUGACUACCUCCAUCUCUCAGAGCUGAGGAUUGUGCUGCUGGGAUACAGAGUAGCUGGGAAGACUUCAUCAGGAAACACCAUCCUGGGCAGAGAGGAGUUUGACCUGAGGACAGCUGUUCAGUGUGUGAAGAGACAGGGAGAAGUAGCAGGGAGGCAUCUAACUGUGGUCGACACUCCAGGCUGGUGGGCUAAUCACCCCUUAGAGAAUACUCAUGAGCUGCUUAAACAGGAGAUUGUACUCAGUGUGUCUCUGUGUCCCCCAGGACCCCAUACGUUCCUCCUUGUCAUAGAUGUGGAUGACUCAUUCACUGAGGAAUACAGAAAAGCAGUAGAGGAACACCUGGAGCUUCUCAGUGAGAAAGUCUGGAGUCAUACAAUAGUUCUGUUCACCCAUGGGGACUUUCUAGGAGACACAGCCAUUGAUCAGCACAUUGAGAGACAAGGGAAGGCCCUCCAGUGGCUUGUUGAGAAAUGUGGAAACAGGUAUCAUGUCUUCAACAAUAAAAGCAGGGGUGACAGCACGCAGAUCACAGAGCUGCUGAAUAACAUAGAGGAGACGGUGGCAGGAAACAGAGGAGGACAUUAUGAGAUAAAAGGAGAGAUACUACUGGAGAUAGAAGAGAAACGGAAAGCAGAGGAAGAGAGCGCAAAACAGAGACUGAUGAAGGUUCAGGAACAGAGAAAGACCCUCAGAUCACUAAUGGGUGACUCCCUCCAUCUCUCAGAGCUGAGGAUUGUGCUGCUGGGAUCCAGAGAUGCUGGGAAGAGUUCAGCAGGAAACACCAUCCUGGGCAGAGAGGAGUUUGACCUGAGGACAGCCGCUCAGUGUGUGAAGAGACAGGGAGAAGUAGCAGGGAGGCAGGUCACUGUGGUUGACACUCCUGGCUGGUGGAAGAAUCUCCCUGUGGAGUACACUCCUGAGCUGGUUAAACAGGAGAUUGUGUUCAGUGCGUCUUUGUGUCCCCCAGGACCCCACACUCUCUUCCUGGUCAUUCGGGUGGACGUUUCGUUCAAAGAAGAAGAGACAAAUGCUGCAGAGGACCACCUGGAGCUUCUCAGUGAGAGAGUCUGGAGUCACACUAUAGGCACUUUUUUUGUCCAUUAAAAUACAUUAAAUUGAUCAUAAAUACAGUGUAGACAUGGGGACUGUCUGGGAGACACAACCAUUGAGCAUCAUAUUCAGAGAGAAGGGAAGGCCCUCCAGUGGCUUGUUGAGAAAUGUGGGAACAGAUUUCAUGUCCUCAACAAUAACAACAGUGGUGAUGCCACUCAGGUCACAGAGCUGCUGGAGAAGAUAGAUGAGUUGGUGGCAGCCAACAGUGGAGAUGUGUUUUACCCUGAAAGAGAUUGUAAAGAAGGAAUGAAUUUGAUACCUGAGGAGAUGUUUGAGAAACCAUCUUUGCCAUUAAAGGGAGCUCACAGCAUAUACCCUCUUCUUCUGAGUAGUAAGUAUGGUACUCUGAAAGUACCUUUAAAUCUCAAGCGUGCUAUAAUGUUCUUGUUUGGCUACCCUCAAUUUAAAAAGGUUAGUUUACCAACUUAGAGGUGCACAUAUGUUUACAAAAGGAUCAUGAUUUUUGUUUUUUAAUCAAGAUUCC